AUGGACAUGGAUCUUCAGAAGACCAAGGAAGCAAGACGAGAUAGGCAUGGCAAGGAGGACAGCCCAGAGUGCACUUUAGAGCCAUAUGCCGGGGGCAGCAGCCAUUCGAAGGACUUGCCGAAGAACGACGAGAGCCUGGACCGCCGGUCAGAGAGACGCGAGAAGGCAGAAUCGGCCAGCGGGAAUCAGCGGCCAGUGUCGACUAAGCUCCCCUACCGCAAUGGCACUGAAUCUGCAUCAUCAUCAGCGUCGUCAUCGUCAUCAUCAUCAUUACCAGCAUCAUCAAUGCCUUCCCAGGCCCGUUUGAGAGGGCCGCCACCGUCGCCGGAGGCGAUGGCGAUUCCUAAUACGUUAGAUCUCGGUACGAGAGAGCAACGGCUACUGCGGACAGCGAAGCGCUACCCGCCUGUGACCAAGAGGACACUGAGCGAGCUCGAUCUUCCAUGCAUCAUGAACAACAUCAACCUGCGCAUGGAUGCCAACUUUGAUCGCGACCUUCAUUUCAAACCGGACCUCGACGGUGAAAAGGGGAAGAAAAAGAGGAAGGAAGCGGCGGACUACUGGGAGGCCAUGUCCAACGAAAUUUCAAUAUAUGCGUUCUUGUCAGCGGCAUCACAGGACACGAGUGAUUCAAAAAGUCCAAGUGACCAGGCUUCCCCAGUCGAUAUCCCCGCGCAAACGUUCGAACCGAGACUUCCGGCCAUGUUUGAAACGCUCCAGGAUGUCCUCAAGACCCUGGUCCCCGAGCGGGAUCAUCCCAGUGUCAUGCAGAACCUGGAGGUCCCAUUACUAAUGCAGCAGAUCAAGAAAGGUGUUCUCGACAUGGUCGGGCUGGCCAAAUGGCUUUCUGCACUGCUCAAGACUCACUGCGCUCCCAUGAGGGAUGAAUGGGCAGAUCGGAUGGUCGAACAGAUUACUUCGGGAUUUCAUUCGCAGAACUCGCGUGAAAUCGUCUGCGGGCUCCAAACCCUCUUUGCGAUUCUGGAAGCCAUGAAACUGGAUGUCGCCAAUCACCAAAUCCGUGCAUUCCGCGUCCUUCUCAUCGAAGAUACAGUCCCAUUUCUCCAGGAGUACUUCCGCAGCAAGAUGGAGCGGGAUAACUUCAGCGUGGAACCUUCCAAACAGUGGUACCUGCGACUUCGCCAGCAAGAACUCGCCCGGAGGGACAAGAGCGCCAUCACGGCGGCCGCCGACAGUUUCCGGCCAGUGCAGGUCAUGUUCCAGGGUCUAGUUGACUUGCUGUUACAAUUCCACAGCCCCGAUGGGUUCCCCGAGACGUUUAUCUUCGACUCAGAGCGACUCUGGCAAUUACGGUCGAACCUGCAGAACCUAAUCAACCUGGACAUCUGCUGGUCAAUUUUCGAGUCGUAUGUUGACAACCAGAAGCGAGUUCUUUCAACCCCAGCUGAGACCUACGCGAUCUUCCGGUCCCGGAUCUGGUCGUUGCUAGGCGAGACGGAGGAUUGCCACCGCGGCGAAACGCGCUGGCUCCGGAACGUCCGCAACGUCUCGCUGGAGAUUGCGCGGUUCGCAUGCGCCGCCUGCUGCGGCGAGGACUCAGGCAUCGUUGUGGCGGCGGACGAUGUCAUCUCUCGCAUCGAAGCCGUGCUCGAGUGCUAUCUGACCAAUGACUCGGAACUGUUUCAGUUCCACCAGGCCUCUCUACGGGAGAAACUGAUGGCCACAACCUGUGCCUCGGCAAGAAGAUACCUCACCAUGUCACCGCUGGCCAUCUGCGAAUCACAACGCGACGUGCCGCUCCCGCACCACAUGCUACUCCUCACGCAGCGGCACUGCGAUAUGGAACGGAUCGGUAUGAGGCUCGCUCAUAUGGGUGUCCUACACUGGCGUGUGUGGGCGCCCAUCCUGUACGCGCGUGAGGCUGUCCCCUCUCUCGAGACAGGAGUCGUCGCCACGGACGACCAGGUUUUGAAUCUGUUCAGCCAGUCGCUAUGA